AUGAGCGAUACAUCCGACACCAAACCCACCGACGACAUGCACCUCAACCGCAUGAAAACCGCCGAAAGCAUCUUCCUCCCCAUCUCCCGCGAGACCUUCGAAAAGCUCUAUUUGAGCCCCAAACACCCAAGCGUGCAAGGCGAUCUGCGCAAGAAAUUCGGCAAUCCAACACCAAUCUGUCUGAUGGGGUUCCUGAUCGCUUCGACGCCACACGCAUGCAUGCUUAUGGGGUGGCGCGGGGCCGGCGGGAACGGGAGCGCGCUUGUACCGGCUUAUAUCUUCUUCGGGGGCAUUGUGCAGAUUCUCGGUGGGAUUGGGGAGUGGAUUAUUGGGAAUACGUUUAGCUGUGCGAUUUUCUUUACUUAUGGUAUGGCCCCUCACCCCCAGUGUACUUGGCGAAUCAUGUCCGGGACGGGGCUGGAUGUUUACUUGACAUUAGGCACAUUCUGGCUUGUCCAGGGAGGCGGCCUCAUGCCGUUCUUCGCGUCUGGGAUGAAUUACUCGCCGACUGGGAACUCGUUUGAGGGGCAGCAGACCGAGGGAUACGCGGCGACAAUAGGAUUCUACUACCUCUUCCUCUCCCUCCUAACAUUCAUCUACCUAAUCUGCUCGAUCCGAACAAACGUCUGCCUGUUCUCCGCGCUUUUUCUGCUCGUCAUCACCUUCGCGCUUGUCGCCGCUGCAUUCUUCCAGAUGGCGAAUGGCGCGCACGAGUUGGCGGAGAAAUUGCUUGUUGCUGGUGGCGCAUUCAAUUUCGCCCUCUGUGUCCCCGUCUGGCACAUCUUCCUCACGCAAAUUUUGGAAGCCGUUGAUUUCCCGAUCUCUCUGCCUGUCGGGGAUCUGAGUAGUGUUAUUCCAGGUAGGAGUCAGAAGAUGAGGAGGUCUGAGGACUAG